AGCAAUGAUAGCGGGGCUAGGCCAGGCGCUGAAGCUUUUUAUAAUCAUCAUUUCUGGCUGACGGGUUUCGCACAAAAUGGCGAAAUGCCAAGUGCCCGAGUGCUACAAUCGCCGCGACAAGGACAAAGGGAGGAAGAGCUUCUUCCGGAUUCCCGACCCUGCCAAGGGGUACCGGGACCUAGCCCAGAGGUGGCUGGCCAACAUCGGCUCGGGCAAGAAGGUGGAGGGCUUUGUCUUCUCCAAGAACAAGCUAGUCUGCGAGGACCACUUCGAGUUGACGUGUUUCAGGGAGGAUCUGCAGGCCCGGGUGCUCGGAUACCGUCCCGCGCGCAAGAAGCUCAAGCCGGGCUCCGUGCCCACCCUCUUUGAGAGCUGUCGGGACGGAAGGCGAGACCCGCAAAGACUCUGGCCGAGUCAGCAUCUGAAUACUGUCGCCCGCAAGAUUGCAAGAAAACGUUCCAGGCCCAAAGCAGAACCUUCCAUUCCGCGCCCAUCAGAGCUGCUGCCGUCAAGUUGCGGUCCUGCCUACAGUCAGGGGAACGGACAGCAGGAAGCGCCUCCCUCGCUGCAACCAGACUCGCCACCUAUCGUGAUUGCUGAGGACAUCGUAAAGACGGAACGGGACGAUGGCACAUGGCAGCAGGCUACCAGGCAAAUUCUUACCCCAGUGGUCAGUGCGCCAUUAAGUGCACCCGACACUUUACGUCUGGCACCCGGGAACCACCUCAAAGUUCGCUUGGUAGAAUUUGCAGACAAAGAGGUCCAAACGGACCCCGUUCUUAUUUUGCCGAUCAGACGAUAUGACUGUUUGCAUGGCAACAGAGUGUCAUGGUUCAGGGGUCAAAGAUGAAAAACAUCGAAUUACUUAAAUACUGACUCCAUCCGAGAGAAAUUUCACACAUAUCCACCACUUUUUUAACAAGAUAUUAUUCGCUUUUAUUUAUGUACAAAAUAUCUUACAUAGUUUUACUCUGCCAAAAAAGUGUUAACCUCAUGUAGUGUAAUUUUGAUUUAUGGGCGCGUUUAUAAUAACUGUCCGUACCGUUUCAUUGCAAGAACAUCCAGCGCCUUUGCCUAAAUUCCGUGAAGAUGUAUACGUCGUCAGGCAAAAGUCUAAGAGUUUAAUUCUAAUAUCAGCAUUAUUUUGACAUUUGAUCAAUAUCGGUUACAAAAUAGCACCUCAUUUUUUGCUGUUGAUUUCUUUCCUAAAUGCUCAGCAUCUUAUUCCCAAGAGGAUUAAAGGCAACAGUGGAGUGGCCAUAAUUUGAAAGAGUUAAUAAUUCCCUACAAUUAGUGCAAAUACAAUGUAGCCCUGUCAUAUGCUGCCUACUACUCGUAUGGGCGGUUGGUGCCUGGCAUUCCCUUGCAGUGUACAUGUGUCCUGAUAUUUUAAAGAGGGCCGUAUCUCCAUUUUAUAUAUUGUAGUAGGGUUUCUUACCUUGAUAGCUGUCUAAUUUUUGUGAUGAUUCAUUUGGUGAAUUAAAUGUAUUAGUUUGCUUCUGUGCUGAUAGUCAACCAUAGUUCACCGGCCAUUGGUACGCUAAAACACGACGGUAAUGAAGCAAAGGAAAGAGUUUCAUAUACAGACAGCAUUAAUCUUCCCUUAAAAUGUCAUCACAGUUAUCAGAAAUUGAUCACAUAUCCCAAACAGUGAAAUUUAGCUGAGAAAAUUCCAAAGCAUUUGCUUAGAAACCACUUACGUUUUCUCAGACAAGUCUCAUAGGUUUGUGCACGCACAGAGGCAUCAAGUCUUAGUCCGUAUGCGCUCUUUCCGAAAUGAGCAAGAUCAUUUCUUAAUGCCUAGCUAUGUUGGUAAUUUCAUCAUUGCCUCUUUUUGUAUUUUGAAUCAUUUUCUGGCUAAAAAAAUCCUAGUAUGUAUUGUUCCAAAUUUAAUUCCGUCCAAUGGACUGUUUCAUCCAAGAUUUUGAAAAAAAAACAAUAGUCCAGUGCUUGCAAUUUACGGAACAAAACAUUUCUGCACUAUUCUACAUACAUGUAAUCCAUGAUGGCGACAUCUCAGAAUUUGAUCUUGGUAAUUUCAUAUUAUUCCCAGAUUACAAGCAAAACUAAUUCCAUCUGUUACGUUUCCUUGGAUGAAUUUCAAAUGAUUUCGUUCUUAGAACAAAUGUCGUGAACGAGACAAUAUGGAAAUAAAAUGAACAAAUAAAGUCUAUAAAAACA